UUAUAACGAGAAGAGACGCAGAAGUGUGGAGUACGUUCCAAUAAUAUUGUGUGUAACGCAGUGCCAAAUGUGCUCUCAGCUGAAAAAUGUGAACACGGAGCGAGAUGUUAUGAUUCAGUUGCUGAUGUAAGGAUGAUGACCAGGAUGGCAAGGAUGGAACAGGUCAUAUUAAAUGAAAUAGAAUGUCCAGUGUGUUAUGAGCACAUGUCUCGUCCAAUUAUACUGUGCAGAAGUGGCCAUAACCUUUGUCAUAACUGCAAAAAAUGUAUCUCAAAGUGUCCAGUAUGUAAGGAAAAAUUUAUUACAAACAACCUGGCUCUUGAAGCAAUUACUGAUAAGAUAAAGUUGCUACAGAGUGCCAUAACACAGCCUGGUAAGCAUCGAUCACCAUAUGACCUCCUUGAUGAAAAUCGAACCAAACUUGUGUUUGCUGAAGAAGUGAGUAGACUCAUCCUAAGAGAAAUCAAGUGUAAAUUCUGCCUAAAGUAUUAUUUCUCACCAAUAUAUUUCUGUGUUAAUGGACACAGUACAUGUAAGGAUUGCAAAAUGUGUGCAACAUGUUUGAGCUUAGCCACAAGUGGAAGAAAUUUUGCUUUAGAGACAAUAGUCAGAAGUGCUGAGUACCCGUGCCAAUACAGGAAUUUUGGUUGUGCUUCCAUCUUGACUUUACCACAGAUCCAACAUGAGGAGGUAUGUGAAUACAGACCAGUAAGGUGCCCACUGUUUGACAGUACGGGGGUCACAUGUCUCUGGACUGGCGUACGCGAAGACUUCAGAACUCACGUAACACAUGAACAUGUUGCAUGUAAUGUACAUGAAGGCACAGUUAUAAAUCUGAAUAUCAUGUACACAUCUAACACUGUAAUAUUUGCCCUAAGUAAGAUGUUUGUUAUGUCAAUUCUAAUUAAAAACGGGGCUGUCUUUUAUAGGCUAAACUUAGAAGGUCCUUUUGAUGACCUCAACAAAUACAAGUGUAAACAUGUGCUGCUCUCUGAUGAUAAUGUCAUAACUACAUUUGUGUUUUCUCCUUCACCAAAAUGGAUUGAAUUUUCAGGAGGAAUAUUUAUGGACUGUGUAGCUUCUACGCUUAUACUGAAUGUCAGUAUCCACAAUACAUAGACUUCUCUGUGGCUCACAGAUUCUGUGCAAAGAGGUAUGACUGAUAUCACAGCUGACUGGUUAACACUCAUAAUUUUAAUUCAGGACAUCCUGAGAUCAAAUAAAUUCUGCAAAGUAUCCAGAUAAGCUAUGGCUGCUUCAAUGUUCUUUUUAAAUCACCAUUCAGAGUCAUCAAAUCAUUUGAUACUGUAUAAUGCCUGCAGCUGUAAAAGCACUAAAUAUCUCAGGAAUCAAUCAAUCAAUCGGUAAGUCAGUCAACUAGCACCACCAAACAGCUUAAAGGCAACAAAUGGUACAAACAUUCACAUGUCUGUCAUGUAAUUCAGUAAUUCAUAGGUAUGAGAGUCAUAUUUAUUGCGACUGAUUGCAAAGUUAUUUAUUUUAUUUAUGAUGAAAUUUAAAAUGUUGUACCUUUCCACAAAUCUUGUAUGCAGGAGGCAUGAAAUGCAUACAGGCUCUGAUACGGAAAAUGACCGCUUGGAUGGUUAAGGAAAUGGAUAUCAUGAAGUUAGGCUGUAAGGGUGGCUGGUCAAUGGAACCGGCUCAGGAUCAUGUCCAAUGGCAGUCUCUCAUAUAAGCAGUCUUGGACAUGUUGUUUAUAUUAAAAAGUAAUUCAUUUCUACAUAACCAUCUUAAAUGCAACUUAUUAUCUAGUCAUGUUGUGUUGUUAAUUGGUCUAUGUAUGUAGAUAUUUACCAUGUACACAGACCAGUUAACAACCUAACUACUCUGGCAGUGUGGAAGAACCUAAAGCCAUUGGUGCAUACAUAAUAAAACUUAUGAUAACACUACAGCGACAUCCUUAUGAACUGCACAAAUAACAUAUAUAUUACACACGCCUCAAAGGGAAUGCUGCGUGAAUAAAUUCAACGAUGAGAAAUACAAGUACUCAGGAAAAAUAUCUUUAAAAUGAAUGAAUGACGACAAGGAAAAUAUUGGGAUGUUAAUUAAUUUUAAUUAUGAAAUAUCACGUUCACAUGUUUGUGCAUUGUAUCGUUGUAUACAUCCAACGAUACAAUGCACGCAGCCACAACAGUAGAACACAUCACAAGACAUAAUAUACACACAACAUUAGAAACAUAAGAAGAACAACCCUCAUGUGGAUGAUCAGUAACAUACACGAAUUUAAAAUAUGACGUAUGAGAUAAUAGGUUUUAACAAGUUUAACAUAUAAAGGCAAGCAGUGAAAUGGU